AUGGAAAAAAAUUAUUCUUCCUGGGAGUUUCAGUUUCAACUAUUUGUCACUGGAAAAGAAUUAUGGGGCCAUAUAGAUGGAAGUGAUCCUGCUCCUACGGAUCCUAUAAAGUUAGGUCAAUGGAAGGUCAAAAAUGCUCGGAUGAUGACAUGGAUUUUAGGGUCAAUUGAUCCUAUUAUUAUUCUUAAUCUCAGACCAUACAAGACUGCGAAAUCCAUGUGGGAGUAUUUACAAAAGGUUUACAACCAAGAUAAUAGCUCAAGACGCUUUCAGUUAGAGCAUGAAAUUGCCAAUUACUCUCAAGGAAGUCUCUCUGUUCAGGAUUAUUUUUCGGGAUUUCAGAACUUAUGGGCUGAAUUUACUGAUAUUGUUUAUGCAAAAAUACUUGCCGAAUCUCUCUCUAUAAUUCAGGCAGUUCAUGAGCAAAGCAAUCGAGAUCAAUUUUUGAUGAAAUUACGAUCCGUGUUUGAGAGUGUUAGCUCUAACUUGAUGAAUCGUGACCCGUAUCCCUCUUUGGUUGUUUGUUUUAGGGAAUUACUUCGUGAAGAGCAGCGUAUUGUCACACAAAACGCUUUCAAGCAAGCACAUGAUGUCAUUGUUGCAUUUGUUGCUCAAGGAAAAGGAAAGGGCAGGGAUAUGACUAGAACUUAA